UCUUUGAACUAGAAAGUGUUCAUAUUGCUCCAUUUCACUGCAAGAAAUGACUGUAGCCUUACAUUACCAGCUCUGAGAUGAGGAGAUGUUUUGAAAUAACCUUAUCUCAGGAAUGACGUUGCCAAAAAACUGCCAUUGUCUUUAAAAAUUCUCUAGCUGUUGAACACAGAACUUUUGUGCUGCUCAAGUUUGAGUUUAAUAACAGAGGAAGACAAUAUUAACAUGAAGUGCAUUUUUUGACAAAUCGCAUUACAGACACAAAUCUCGUGGGAAUAGAGACAAGAAUGCGUUCUUUACACGACUUCAAACCUGACUUUUAUUCCACUGACAUACUUAGGAUUUCUAAUAGAACAGUAUUAAUCAAAUGUCGACGCAAACUGUGAUCAAUCUGACCACAUACUCCUGGGAAACGACAGGAGGCGAGAUUUUAAGUGUCCUUUGAAAAUAAAAAUUGACUGCGUGUUCAAGCAGUACGUCAACGUUAAUUGGAAAUGUAGUUAAGUGUCUCUUUCUAAAAAAACAAACAUUUCCUACCAGUUGAAGAAUAAAAAAAGUUGUAGUAUUGUGUAUUUGUGGGACUCAAAGGCAAACAUAACUUGUUGUAACUACCGAGAAACAAAAACCCCAUUAACGUAUCCGCACACAUUUUCUGGAACCUAUUCCAGUGAAACGAAAGCCGUGUGAUUUUUAUCCACCACGGAAACAGAAGGAAAUUCCCACGAGUGUCUUUCUCACUAGUUUUUAGACCUGUGGAAAACCCCGCCGUCAUCGGCUCGGGUUUUUGAUAGUCAUAACAACCUGGGAGGGGGGGUGGCAUGACAGUCGGUGCUAUUGGAAAUAAAUAGGUAGUCUUGGACGUUACGACUGUUGGGACAAAUUCUCCACAUGCUAAAUUCUCCUUCCCUGAGAGUGUAUCUCCAGUGCACAGCGCUUGCAUACUCUGCGCCAGGUCUGCACGGUGCACACGCAAUGGAAACAGCCGGACCGAGGCGCAAAGCGGACCGUACCAUCCAUGACUUCACAGGGGUGGAGGGCCACCCCUGCUCACGAAACAUUCAGCGCCCUGGCGGUUAAACACCAACAGUGUAUGUUUAUUUUUUUUAAUUAAGUAUCGUAAAUGUCAGAAAAGGCCUCAUAGCCUCGCUGAGUUGUGAGCCGACAAGCCACUCCGCGAUACCUAAAAUAUAAUGUCUCCCCCUUUGCACAGCUCCAUCUCCCCCUCUUUGCUCGGGGGGGGUUCGCACCAUCGCUCGAAACAGAAACGGGGGAGGCGGUGUCAAAAUCCAUUCACCUUGGCCCGGGUCGGGUUGUUGUGAGUGGACUACUUCACACAGCGGGACACCAUAUGGGCACAUAAAAAAAAAAAGAAAUCCGUUGAAAGGCUGGCGCCUUCCCGCGAGGAAGUUAUCCCGUCGGCUUUAUCGUCCAGGCGGAGGUCGGCCUUCCCUGCGUCCCGCGUCGUUGGUUUGCCCCGCGGUGGGGGAUUUUUCCACGCGGAGUUACAGGGAGCAGUGCGCUUCACAACAAUAGUUCAGACCGAGCCGUGAGCCUGCGGGGACUGGGGGCUAGCUUUCCCCUUACCCACACAGCCUGAAGAAAAACAACUGAACAGGGCACGUCAGGGGCAACAUGAACGAGGAGGAGCAGUUCGUCAACAUCGACCUGAACGAUGACGACUUCUGCAGCGUGUGCAAACUGGAGACGGACUCGGGGACGCUGUCCUUCUGUCACGUGUGCUUCGAGCUGAGCAUCGAGGGUGUCCCCAGUUCCAGUCUUCUGCACUCGAAGUCCCUGCGGGGCCACAGGGACUGCUUCGAGAAGUACCACCGCAUAGCCAACCAGAAACUGAACCGAACCAAAGCGUCCCGCAGCACCUACGAGGGGGUGAAGAACGCCUUGAGCCAAAAAUUCAGCCGCAUUGUGCAGUACGCUCAGAACAAGGAGGCGGUGUCGGACUCCGGGCUGCAGGGGUCCCAGCACGAGUUGCUGUGCUACAACCCGCAAGGGGACCACAAGCUGGUGCCCCAGGCGGACUCUCAGGUCCCCCGCUACGCGCCGCGCUGGGCCGAGGGCACGGGCGCGGCGCUGCCGGCCUGCGCCAAGGGCAUGCUGGCGUGCCCCUCCGCGGGGGAGCUGGGGCUGAGCAUGCUGGGACACGGCGGCGACGGCUCGUUCUGUUCUGAGAGCCUGCUGUGGGCCGGCGGGGGGCGGGCCCCUCGUCGGGCGGAGCAGGCGUCCGGAGAGAGCCAGGACACGGCGCAGUGCAGGCACGAGUUCCACAGCCGGGAGGAGUUGUCAAGAAUGACCGUUGAAGAGCUGAGAGAGCUGAAAGAGAAGUUCCUUGUGCGGGUUCGAGCCGUGUUCGAGGAGCUGACGGUGGCGGUCCAGGAGAAGGACUCGCUGGCCUCGGAGCUGCACGUCAGACACAUCGCCAUCGAGCAGCUCUUCAAGAACUGCGCCAAGCUGCCCUGGCUCCAGAUCGGGAGAGCGGGGGCGAAGCCCAGCAGCGCGCCCGUGGAGUGAGCGCCCGGACCCGCGUUUCCCGAGGAGGGGGCGGAGCCACGCGGAGAACGCCCGUCUCCUCCAGCCCCUCCCACCUGCUGCCCCGUGACGAUGUUUAAAAAUCGCGACCUGAACAGACUGGGGGGCUUUGGAAAUGGGCUUCACGCCAUUGGAGGACCCCAAUUGCAACUCGGAGGGGUUUUUCAGGCGGCCUCCUAAGUAACACUGCCAAAACUCAGGACGAAGCGCUGGGGCUGCCUGGGGCACUCUCUCCUGAAUGAAGCAUGAGACUUUUUUUUUUUUUUACGAAAAAGGGGGCUUAAGAGUCUGAGACGGAACAGGUGUUUUUCGACAAGCGGAUCGACUCGAGCUCCCCCAGGUGUUGGGUGUGUGUUUCGCUCUGCUGUGCUGCGGUGGCCUUGGGGCUCUGGGAUAGUGAUGCACUGCUGGACAGGCGUCACGGCACCCGAAGGCGGCAGUGGGACGGACGCGGACCGAGCUGGCCGGUAGCCCAGCGGGUCCGACCCCUCGCGCCGUUCUGCGAAGCCGCGAGCCGGAUGGUCUCCCAUGAUCUAUGCAGAACCGGGAAUGGUUCAGGGUUUGUAAAAAAAAAAGUCAAAUAAACGUAAGACGGGAUUUUUAAGAAUCUUAUAAAAACUAUAAGCAGUGUUUUUGAAAAAAAUGACUUGAGUGUAUGACUUUUGGUUAUUUAUUUAAAUCAUUUCUGUUAAUAAUGGAGAGGGCCUGCCCCAAAUCUUUAAUUUUUCCAGUGUGUUUUAAAAAGCAGAAAUUUUGUGCAAAUUGUUUCUUCAACCGUGUGACAUGAAUGACCUAUAACAGUCCAUACAUCCUCCUUUUUUUAACUUCCAGUGUGGUCCAAGUUGACAUCGCACUGCAGAACAUGACUUUAAUAAUUUAAAAGCAAACAGCUAAUCGAAAUGUCUUCAGUCUGCCCCCUUUUCAGAUUGACAUUUUAAAUUUUUUUAUUUGAGCCUUUUAGUUCUGAGAAUCUUAUCUAAAGUGUGUUUCAUAGUGUUAAAGUACCUUGUUUGCUUAAGGAUUUCAGGAUGGAUUGAUUUGUCAGUGCAGGACAGAUCCACAGCUGUUUUCCAAGAUAAAUACGCACAUUUGGUCCUGUGGAAUUCCAGGUGAUGCACUUUUUCACCUGAAAGCGAGAUAGGUGGGAUUUUCUGUCACGGCGAUCUGUUGCGCAUGGGGUGGUGAGUGGAGCUACCAAGUUAUUUUACUGGUUAUUUCAAGCUACCUAGCAUUAAGAACAUUUUAGUAGAGCUAUGAACGGCAGUAGCACAGAAUAAAGACAUCAUAAAUGUUCAGGUCCUAUACAACCUACUUCAAAAGCUCAAAUUCUCAUGUCUCAGACAAGUUACUGUGUGCAGAACGCGUCAAUAACAGUUAAUAUGUCAUGGAUACCACCAGGCUAUCCGCUGCAUUGCACAAUUGAGCAAUUUUAUCUAGAGCCCCUUUUCUAUUGUCACUGGCAGUGGUAAUAAAAACAUGUGUGGGCUGGGGGGGGACUCGUUCAUGCACUGGGCCACAUGAACAGUCUGCUGCAUCUGAAAACGAAAAACAAAAAAAGUAGUUUUCAGGCAGGGAGGCAGCGAAGGCACAUUUCAGAUAUGAGCUUUUUUUUGAAGAUGGCAGCAGCUGUAGCCAGCAAUGACAUAAAAUUUCUGCUAGAAACGGAGCAGGUGUACGCCGCACCCGCACGGAGUAAAAACAAUUACGGCUUAGUGUACAACUUCAACAUGUGCAGGUUUCAGAUAUGAGCUCAGUCGGGACAGAAAGUGAACAUUGAUGAAACCGGUGCUUUCAGAGAGUCGUUUUUAAAUGUUUACAGGGGAUGCUCUUCGCUCUGGCCUCAAGUCUCAUGAGAAAGAGAUCUGGAUUGCAGUUACUCUUAAUUAUCCACAAACAGACCAAAGCCUUUGUACCAGAGCUGAAUUUGCAUUUUACGUUCAGUAGUAGUAGCCUGCAAUUAUGAGGGGCAGCUAAGGUCUUCAUCCAUUUCUGCUCUUUGCAUAAAGGGUAAAUAUAGCAAACCAACCAAACAAUGCACAACCACCAGAAUGUAAAAUGUUAAUACAAGUAUUAUUGAAGAGUGACUUUUUUUACCAAUGUAAUUUUUUGUACAGUUAAGGGUUAAAUAUGUUCUCGCUGUAGUCGUUACUGACUUGUAUGUUGCUGUAUAAGAUUUUCUUGUGUCACUCCACAUGGCUAGUGGAAGUGAGGACUUUGUGACUGCUUCCUUUUGUUUAUUUAUGGGGUUUUUUUUAUUACGGCAUUUGUUUAGUGUGUUUAGAUGACUGUUUUUUUUGUGUGUGUGAAUUUUUUCUUCUUGUGGUUCGUUUCUACAGUUUAGGCUUUUGUUUUUUCUGUGUGUGAGACGUGCGUCUGGACAGAAACUGUCCCCGGCGCAGAUGUUCAGUCCGCUGCGUAGGCUCAUGUUCCGGCCGGAGGAACUGUUCAUUAAGAGCUGGUUGCCUUUUCGGUACAGUCGAGAUCUUCAAAGUCACUGAGAAUAAACACAGACGUCCCACUUGGGCAAAUCCCCAUUAAUUUAUCCAGAAGGGGGAAGAAAAGAUGUUGACUAUUUUUAAACCUGCAUUCAGACAUCGUAACGAAAUGAAAUCGCAUGCCUUUUAAUUUGGGACGUGAAUGAGCAGGAACGAAGUAAAAAUUAUCCGUGUAUUGCUGGAGGUUCGCUUCUCUCUUUAUAAGAGAAUUCGGCACGUUUGUUUGACCCUGCUGGGGUGUGGAUAUGGGGAAAAAAACCGAUUCCAGUUUAAUGACUAGUGUGUGACUUUGUGUGCGUUGUGUUUGUCCGCCUUCUGCUGCUGAACACUUCUCGUAGGAAAUUGAGUUUUUGGUUCUUGGGAUUUUCUCACUGCCUUUCUUCUGUCCGGUCAAAACGUGGCACACUAAACGAUCUCUUGGCAUGUUAUUUUUGUUUUUAAACCCAAGUCGUUGUGAGGUGCGAUGCGUCUCAGCAGAGCGAUUUCCCCGGAGCUGUGGGAUGCGUGAUCAUUUGUCGCGCAGAUACGAUACGAAUGCGAAUCUGUGAUGAUUUUUGAACCCUCAUCCAGGCUUGGUUUCUAGAUUUCCUAAAAACCAGGGCGCGGUAUCCCAGAUAUCUUUCAACCCAUUUUAGAUACGAGGCCCAGAGCCUAAGGUGUCGGAUAAAAAGUGGAACUCCCACUUGGCGUUUAGGAAACCUUUUCAAUGCACUAGUGAGCUGCCUUAAAAGAGACCCCUGUUCAGUCCGUCAGCUCUCCAGCUUCACAGAAGCGGCGUUUUCAUUUUCUUUACACUCCACGUAAUUUCUGUAGCCUGCCGGGUUACACUUUGCCUUGCAACCAUGAAGUUAAAUUUGCAAUAAUUGUCUAUUGAAUUUACUGCCUGUGUUGAAUUAUUGUGCUGCGGUGAUGUUUUGUAUUUUUACCAAAAAAAAAAUAAAAUAAAGUAUUUUCCUACA